UACAUAUUCAAAAUCUGGUACCAUCUGGACUCAGCAGAUACUAAGCUUGAUUUAUUUUGAGGGACAUCGUAACAGAACUGAAGACUUGUCAACACUUGAUAGAAUCCCCUUCUUUGAAUACAAUUUACGCAAAACAGACUUUCGCAACAGACCAUCCCCUCGCCUCUUCUGUUCCCACCUCCCAUAUUAUUUAGUACCUAAAGGUCUCAAGAGCAAAAAAGCUAAAAUUAUUUAUGUCUACAGAAACCCCAAGGAUGUUAUGACUUCAUACUUUCACUUUUCAAAUAUGGUGGUUCGGCUUGAAGCUGGGAGUGAUAUGGAACAUUUCAUGAAAAGGUUUCUAGAUGGAAAUGGUAACUAUGAAUUGAUGCAUUCAACUUGUUUAGGAGGCCAUGUUGCCAUUAGCCAAAUUCUCACACUUGGGGAACACAUUUUAAGGAAAUAA